AAUUGUUUGAAAUCCAUUUUUCGAUAGAACUACUGUGAUCUUUAUCGGUGAUAUAAAAGUAAUAAUAAAAAAAUGUUACCACGAAUUAAAUUUAAAAUACUUAAAGUAAUAAUAAUAUAUAUUUAUUUAUUUUAUUUAUUGAUAGUUGAAGCUAAUAGAUGCUUCAACGUAAAUAACUAUAGUAAUGAUAUUGUACCUAAAUAUAAAUUAAUAAAAAAAUAUUCACGCUCAAUGAAAUCAAUAUUAUUAAUGUUAAAUGCUACUACAUUAAAACAAUGCCAAGAAUUUGCGAUAAUACGCAAAGCAAUGGCCUUUAAUUAUUAUCAUCACGAUAAUCAUAAAUUUAAUUGUCAAUUGCUGGAGUGUCCUGAAAUAAAUUCUUUUGAUUCACUCGUAUCUGAUAAUAAAUUUUUUUAUUACAGCAUGUAUCCACGUAAAUUAUUACCUGAAAGAGUAAGAUGUUUGCCAAGAGUGGGUGUAUUUGUUAUCUCAGAAGAAUCAAAAAGUUAUAGGGAAGCACAGAAAAGUUGUGAAGACAUAAAUGGAAAAUUGGCACAUAUUGUUAGUGAAGAAAGAACUCAAGGUUUAGCUAAAUUUAUCAGUAAUAAUGACACACCGGUAUUUGUUGGACUCAGUAAUCGUCGAAGCAGUAAAGAACAUCUUUGGAAGAAUGAAUUUGAUGAGCCAUUAAAUUGCUUCGAUUAUCGUGGUUGGAAUAAAGGCGAACCAUCUGGUUCACGUGGAUGUGUCGGUUUAAUCCUCACUAAAUCAUUGAUAAGCGAUAAAACACCUGCAUGGAGAGUUUUAUCUUGCUCUCAACCGUUACCUUUUAUUUGUGAAGUAUUACCUAGAGUAAGAAUUAUUAAAAAUGAUUAAAUAAUUACACGAUUAUUGUUUCGAGAUAAAUAUAAUUUUAUUACGUGGUGUUGAAAUUUUUAUUUUAUUUAAUUUCUUUUUUUAUUACACAUUUCUUUUUUUCUUUUAUGUCAAUAAAAUAAUAUAUUUUUAUAUAUUUCACAAUAAUCAUAAAGAAUAAAGAAUAUAUAUUAUUAUUAUAUGUACAUACAGUUACUAGAUUA